CAGCCCAGCGUGACAGCAGGCUCCCUGCUUUGAGCCCUCCCUCCGCCUCUCAUGUGUCUACAUUUCCAUCCCAUGGCCGUCUCUAGGUGAUUUAGCGCCGCCAGUCUCAAGCAGGUGUCCAACAUGGCGAUCACGGGGAGCGGAUCUCUCGCUAUUUCUCUCGUACUUUUCGUGAUUUCAGUGGCGUUUCUUCCGAAAGGAGCUGCUGAAACCCUGACAGUCGAAGGUCAGAAUCUGGCGACUGACAACGUGUCGGUGAUCGAAGGAGAAACGGCCACCAUCAGCUGCAGAGUGAAGGACAACGACGAUUCCGUCAUCCAGCUGCUCAAUCCCAACAGACAGACCAUCUACUUCAGAGAUGUUCGACCUCUGAAGGACAGCCGGUUUCAGCUGGUCAACUUCUCUGACAACGAACUGCGGGUGUCUUUGUCCAACGUGUCACUUUCCGACGAGGGACGCUACGUGUGCCAGCUCUACACAGAUCCUCCUCAGGAAGCCUACGCAGACAUCACUGUCCUGGUCCCGCCAGGCAACCCAAUGAUCGAGAGCCGUGAGGAAAUGGUCAGCGAGGGGAACGAGACGGAGCUCACCUGCACAGCCAUGAGCAGCAAGCCGGCCGCCUCCAUCAGAUGGAUGAAAAAGGGGGAAGAACUGACAGGUGAGACCACAGUUGAGGAGACGUACGACCGGAUGUUCACCGUCACCAGCCGUGUCCGAUUUUCGGUCACCAAAGAGGACGAUGGUGUUCCAGUGGACUGCAUCAUUGACCACCCAGCUGCAAAGGACCUCCUGGCUCAAAGACAAUUGGACGUGCUAUAUAAACCAGAAGUGAAGAUUGUGGUGGCUUACCCCAACGGUUUAACCAGAGAGGGUGACAAUCUAGAUUUGACAUGUAUCGCAGAAGGAAAACCCCAUCCCCGCCGGAUCAUCUGGCUGCGAGUGGACGAGGAUAUGCCGCCUCACGCCGUGGUCACCGGCCACGACCUGUACAUCGAGAACCUCAACAAGUCCUACAACGGCACCUACCGCUGCGUGGCGUCCAAUGCUGUGGGAGACGCUUACGACGACUACGCGCUCUAUGUAUAUGAUGCUCCCACUACUAUCCCCACACCCACCACCAACCCAGUCAACACGCAAGACCCCAGAGCCGGAGAGGGGGCACCGCAGAAAAUUGACCAUGCUGUCAUCGGAGGAGUGGUUGCCGUGGUGAUGUUUGCCAUCCUCUGUGCACUCAUUGUUCUUGGUCGAUACUUUGCCAGACACAAAGGAACUUACUUCACACAUGAAGCCAAAGGAGCGGACGAUGCUGCCGAUGCAGACACAGCUAUCAUCAACGCGGAAGGCGGACACAACAACACGGACGAGAAGAAGGAGUACUACAUCUAAACUGUGCAGGCUAGGAGAGGAAGGUGGGGGUACUGGUUGUGCUGUAGGAGGAUUAUGUCUUACUCUGAUUGGUUACGCAAUGGCUUGGGGGCGGGUAGGGCAAGAUUUUAAGAGGAAGAUAAGAAAGUGGAAAAGUUGGACUGGCACGGCCAAGUCGUAAGAAGAGGCAUUGCUGAGUCUGCUUUCCGACCCUUCCUGGACUGCUGGGGGCAAUUCUGUACAGUUCAAUUAUUUUACAGACAAUUUUGUGCCUUGUUAUAUUUCUUUUCUUUAUUUAAUGUAUUUUUUUUCCCUCCUUCUCAUGCUUGUUGGAUUGGAUUUUAUUUUUCCCUCAAUGUAAUCCAUCUGAUCCUUUGUUGCAUUUGGCUUUCAGACAUUAAAUGAGUCUGGUGUUU